CUAGGUAAAAGAUAGCUACAUAGUAGAAAUGGUGUGUCCUUGAGGGUCGUACCCUCAUUUUUUCUGUGAGAGUGUUCAGAAGGUACCACGGGACUUGGCUCUAUUGAUCUUAACGGAAAUGAAUCAUCACAGAAAUGAAGUUGACGAAAUGUGAACACGACCUCGGGGGCUGCUAGCUAGCCUAUAUAAAGCCCGAAUUACGGGGCAAAGAAACAUUUGAGAGCUUAUUGAAAGCGGGGUUGAGUCUCUGUUCCUCGGUGUUUCAACAUGGGGAAGUUUGACGAGCGUGCUUUGCUCUUUCUUGCCAUUUGCGUGCUUGCUGUUCACACACCAGCCGAAGCCUGGUACAAACAAGCAGCCGGACCCAGUUAUUAUUCAGUCGGUAGAGCAUCGGGUCUGCUAUCAGGAAUCCGGAGAUCAGCGAUCAGAAGAGAUGAAGCGGAAACACGCGACAGCGGAGAGACCACCGAAAAUAACGCGGUCUUACAGAUAAACUCACGCAACUUCGCUCUGAAAAAGAUGCCUAUUUGUGUGAAGGACGUUUUGCCGGAGCUGCAAAGCUGCGAACUGAUGCGGGACUCCACAUUCCGGUGCGAGGCGGUCGUCAUUAUCACCCUCGACUCCAGGAACUGUUUGAACGCAUAAGGAUCAGCUCUGUUUCCGGACUGAACAAAAUACAAGCACAAACAAAAUACGUGUGGCAUUAAAGUGUGUCAAGUCAGUAGGCUAUACAGUUUGCGAGUGCAGUAUGAGACUGGAUUGCCUUACUGUAUUAGCCUAAGAGAUCACACAGGGAAAAUGAAAACCACAUAAAUCCUAGAGCAUCUCUAAGAACAGCACUUUUCCCCCAUUGUGGCAGUAAUUUACUCGUGUGUGUGUGUGUGUGUGUGUGUGUGUGUGUGUGUGUGUGUACGUGUGUGUGUACGUGUGCACGCAUACAGCUAUUAAUUUAGGACUAUGUCAAAUAUGUAUGGAAUAAAAAGCACAUUGCAAACAUGCCACUGAGUUUUAUUGACAUUUAUUUUAUUCAUAGUUUAUUCAUAGUUUAUUCAUCUACACAGAAGUAGAUGCACACCUC